AUGUGCGGCUUUCGCAUUCCCACUUUCACAACUUCCACUACCCCAGUCAAGGCUGGGGCUUGCCACUCUGGCAGGGAUAUGAAGCCCAGCUUUGAGGAGACCAUCAUCGGAAACCAAUAUGAGUUCUCGCGAGAUCUCAAGUGCGGCCCUGUGCGACAGCUGAACCGCAGCCUCAGGAAUGGCAUCGUUGGUUGCCAGUUUGGGUCCGCUCUCGGCGACGCGGUUGUCCUGUAUUACACUGAGUUUCUCUCGGCAGAUUUCUCUGCCCAGGACGAGGAUGUUGCACUCCGACGCCACGCCAACUGCGAUCCGCGUCAGCCAGGAGACCAGACAGACGACACUGGCCAUGCGCGGCUGAUAUUGGGGUCCUACUCGCACAAAAUGGCAAGGGAGUUUCUGCGAGGGAUUUUGCGAUGCGCCUCGACAUGUGUUCCGCAGGGCGUGCGACUUUGGGAACCCUUCGCAUGGGUUCAGGUCUCAGGGUCUACGGUCCGGUCAAGAAGACUUCUGGAAUUUGCCAAGGGGACGGCUCUCCAGCGGUGGAAGAUUUCGGGCUUCAAAGCGGCUGCAAGCGACGUUUCAAACGGGGGCGUCGAUUUCUCCGUCAUUACCCAUCCCGAUCCGAGAUGGAUCAUAUGCUGGGCUAUUGGAACGGCACUGGAGGCCGUGUGGUGGUUUGCGGCGUUCCGGAAAGGGCAGCUGAAAGACGCGGGUCGAGUCGACUGGCGGGAUCUUGAUUUGGCAGAAUUGCGGCGGCAUGGCAAAGUGGACAAAGCAUCGGAGCUGGCACUGGACGAGGCAGGCAAGAUUGGAACUGUUUACAAGACGUUUGGGGGCGGGCUUCGUCUCGUGCGUCUGGCAAUGCGCGAAACGGGAAAUUUGAGCGCCCCGCUGCCGACUCCAAGGUCGAUAUUUGAGCCGCUCAUUACCAGUACAGAUUUGAUUAUGCUCGGCGGGGAUGCAGACACAAAGGAUGAUGGGCUGAGGCAUGGCGAGUGGCUGAUGGCCAAGGCCGAGGGGUUAUGCAUGACGCUCGACGUGGUACACGGCACUUAUAGCGACGCGCAGGAUACAGAUACAGCACCCGACGGUGGGCGAGGUAUUUUGAACGACGCACAGAUGGAGGAAAAGGUCAUGCGGCACAUGGCAGGGAUGGUGCAGCGUCUGGGUGACGGAGGUAGGAGGGCACAAGCGGAACAAGGACGAGAAUGGCAGCUGGGCAUGGCGACGAAGCAGCCGUUGUGA